AAGCCCAUUGCCCACCAACUGCACGUUGCGGUCGAUGCUGUUAUAUAAGCCCCACGUUUCCCGCGUCUCUAGCUUCUUCUCAUACUAGUGCAACGCAGCAUCAUAUUUCCUCUGAACUAAAGCUAGCGCCUGAGAGAAACCUUACGGUUCAUCUUGGUUGGAUCGAUCAGUCACGAUGGCUUCCGGCGCCGGUUCAUGCUGGGCCUUGGUGGUGCUGCUCCUCGUUGCCCGCGCCUUCCCGGCGGCCGCCACCAGCUUCACCGUCGGCGGCAAGUCCGGCUGGACGAUCGGCGUCGACUACACCACCUGGGCCAGCGGCAACACUUUCAAAGUCGGCGACAGUCUCGUGUUCAACUACGCCAAGGGGCUGCACACGGUGGCGGAGGUGAGCGCGGCCGACUACCUGGCGUGCGCGGCGGCCAACGCGGUCGGCUCUGACGGCAGCGGCGCGACCACCGUGCCACUCAAGACCGGCGGCAAGCACUACUUUAUCUGCACCAUCACAGGCCACUGCGCUGGCGGCAUGAAGCUCGAGGUGACCGUCUCCGGCUCCGGCUCCGGCUCUGGCUCCUCGCCGUCAACCCCGAUGCCCACCCCGACCACGCCGUACACGAGCCCGACCCCGACCCCGACGACGACGACGCCGACCACGCCGUACACGACCCCUACAACGCCAUACACGACGCCGACGUCUCCAGCGUGCACUGGCACCACGCCUGGCGCGACGCCGCUGACACCGGUGACCCCAGGCACCAUGCCGUUCUAUUAUUACAAUGGCGCCGCCGGGCUCGCGCCGGCGUCGUGGGCUAGCUUUGCUCUGGUUUGUGCCGCGGUUGUGCAGCUCGGACUGUUAUGAACUAGCGAGGCUAGCCCAGGAUGAAGGCCGUGGUCUUAUAUAUAGGUCACCUUGUGAGUGUGUGCAAUUAAUGUGUUAAUUUGUUCUUUGUUGUGGUCGUGCAGACGAGGUUCCAUUAAUUGCCGUCUGCUAGUACCCAAAUCUAACAUAACUACAAUAUGCCCAUGAAAAA